UAUUUAUUUGCUUUGCCAGCGCCUCGCGCGGCCUCGUCGUUCACGAGCCGGUCUCCGUGGGCGGUAAAAAAAAUAUAACACUUCCGUGGCGGUAACGUCUUAAGAUGAAUUAUAGUUCACGCCGAUAAUUACAAUAACGUUCGUGUUACAACGACGACGACGACGAGGUUGACGAAGCGAAGGGUUUGAACGUCGACCCCACGCUCGUCGUCGUUUUCUGAGUUCGUGGAGUCAUCCGAGUCCUUUGGACGUGAGCUUUUGAGUCGUUGGGUUUUAGCGUUUUCGCAUUUGAAGCCCAGCAUUUGCCACCUGGAUGUCACAUAGCGAGCGAUGAAGGGCCUCAACUGGGGACAAUAAGAUCGAAGGUCCCUCUCGCUCGCUUCUUCCUCUUCCCUCCUCGCCUGCGCUCGCGGUCUUUGGCUCGUGGCAAACGGCACCGGUAAAAAACAUUUAAGGGCAACUGCCAUUGCCGCGCCGUGAGCCAUGGGUUCGACCCGCAGAGAAACGGAUCCACUACUGGGAGGUGUGCUGCCAAUGCAGGGUCGCAGAGGGAUGUCACCGUCCGUCAACGACACCAAACUGCGCAGGCCGUUCUACGUGGACGCACAGAGCAUCGUCGAGCGCGACGCGGAGAGCGGCGAGGAACGCCUGGCUACCGUCUCCCCGGCCGCAUCCCUGCUCUCCAGCCGCCUGCGCUACUACAGCCGCCUCUCGUCCAGCAACUUGACCACCCUGCAAGCCCCGCAUCAUGUUAUCCCGGCGCCAGAUGAGAUUUACGUGUACAGUCCUCUGGGUACCGCCUUUCGAGUUAAAGACACGCCAGACGGCGCCAAGCAGCCAAGCCUGGUCACCAUUUUUGCCAUUUGGAACACAAUGAUGGGCACCUCCAUCUUGAGCAUUCCCUGGGCCAUGAUGCAGGCGGGCUUCACUUUAGGAAUCAUCAUCAUCUUCCUGAUGGGGCUGAUCACCCUCUACAGCUGCUAUCGCAUCCUGCAGUCACCGAAAGCCAUCGACGGUGGUGAAGACAUGGACUUCCCUCAGGUGUGCGGCCACUAUUUCGGGCGCUUGGGCCAGUGGAUAAGCCUCCUCUUCUCGCUGGUGUCUCUGGCCGGCGCCUUGAUCGUCUACUGGGUGCUCAUGUCCAACUUCAUGUACAACACUGGCCGCUUCAUCUACGACAAAGCCUGUGGAAUAAACAUGACGGAUAAUAUCCCGAGAACAAAUGGUUCUCAUCCUGUGCUCUGCCCGAACCCUGUCAAACAGCUGUCCAACGUGACCGGCUAUGGGGGCCUCCUCAUGCUGGCGCCGGGAGUGUUCGAGGGACCGCCUGAGGCAGGGCUGCGGGGGCCCACCAACGGCUCCUUUGAGACCUUCAACGCGUUCUGGAGCCAGACCAACACCGUGCCCCUCUACCUGGUGCCUCUGCUGCUGCCUCUGCUCAACUUCCGCUCCGCUGCGUUCUUCGCACGCUUCAAUAACCUGGGCACAGUCUCUGUGGUUUACCUCCUGAUCCUGGUCACAGUCAAGGCCUCUCAGUGGGGGAUACACCUCGACUUCCACUGGAUCUCGACCAGCGACAGACACUUUGUGCCUGAGUUUCGCCAGUUUUUCCCUGCCAUGACAGGCAUCCUAACGCUUGCCUUUUUCCUUCACAACUGCGUCAUCACCCUGGUCAAAAACAACCGGCAUCCCGAAAACAAUGUCAGAGAUCUCUCUAUUGCUUAUGGCCUGGUUGGCUUCACGUACCUCUACGUAGGAAUCCUAGUGUUUGCCUCCUUCCCAUCUCCACCGCUGUGGAAAUCUUGCAUUCAAGAGAAUUUCUUGGACAAUCUCCCAAACGAUGACAUCAUGGCUCUGCUGGCGCGAGUCUUCCUGCUCUUCCAGAUGAGCACCGUCUUCCCGAUGCUGGCGUACAUCUUCCGCGUGCAGAUUUUCACGCAGAUCUGGGGGAAAAGUUACCCAAGUGUGCUGCAUGUGCUGGUGCUCAAUAUGGUGCUCAUCGGCUGCGGAGUUCUCGUCGCUAGAUUUUACCCAAACAUCGGCGCGAUCAUUCGCUACUCGGGAGCGACGUGCGGCCUGGCGUUUGUGUUCGUGCUGCCGUCGCUCGUACAUCUGCUGUCGGAGAAGCGGCGGGGCACGCUGGGCCGGUGGUCCAUGCUGGCGCACGUCGCGCUCAUGCUGUGCGGCACUGCCAACCUCAUCGCCCAGUUCUUCGUGUGAACCGCGGCCGGCCUACCUGCCGGCCUGCCUGCCGCAAUUUACACUGCCGAAUAUAAUGUCCGUGAAAAACAGGAAUUCCUUAACCUUGUUGGUCUCGUUUUUUUUGUGUGUUUUUUUUUGUAUGCACUAAAUGAUGCUACGCCUCGAAUACUGCACGUGAAUUGAUUUUUGUACGUUUCGAUUUUUGUUAUUUUAAACUAUCAAAAUGCACACGAUGAUUCAAAGGGAAAAAACGUGUUUAUAUACACGAGUAAGAACACCGUAUAGGUAUCAAUGUGCUGCUUUAGAAACAUUUUAUAUUACAACUUGAACAAACUGGCGCACACUUUAUGUGUACAGUAAAACCUUGGAUUGCGAGUAACUUGGUCUGCGAGUGUUUUGCAAGAUGAGCUAAAAAUUUAAAUAAAUAUUAAUUUGAUAAACGAGCGAGGGUUUUGCAAUACGAGUAGUACGUAUACGCUUUGUACUGCCGAGCGUCACGUGAUUACAACUGAUAUACGAGUGCUUUGGAUUGCAAACACGUUUCCGGAACGAAUUAUGCUCGCAAUCCAAGGUUUUAUUGUAUCUGAAUUUAUUAUGGAGCGUACGUGAUUUACUGCAUGUGUACUUGCCUGGAUAAAUGCGGUCACUGUCAAUGAAAAAAAUGAUUGAUACACUAUUCAUGGCGAAUCAAACACUUUGGAUGGGCCUCUAACUUUUUUUAGCAAUGUUGGGUUUUGCUAUUUAAAUACACAUUUUUACAUUUUGUGCAUGACGGCUCGCUCACAAUUUUUUAGUUUUCAAAUGCAGGCGGUCUCCAGUUUAAGACGGUCCAAUUUACAAAGAUGCACAUUUAUCACGUUGAUUUAACGUCACCACGGAUCGAUUUACGACGACGCAGAAACUUGCUUUACGACGCAUCUUCCAACGCGACUCCCGAACGCAUUUGAACAAGUCACUCUGGUUUCCGAUGUGACUCGGCGUGGAGCUUUUGUUAAUCUCAGGCGUCUUCGUGGAUGCUUACCUAUUAAACCCCGUUAAACGUGGCUGAUGAAAGGAAAAACAUCGUCAAGUAAUGUUUCUACUCUCUGUGGGAAAAUAGGAUCCGAUUUACGACGGGCGUUCCAGGAACGCAUUGUGUGGUGAAAGCAGGGACCGGAUGUGCAGGAAAAACUUGCCCAAUGCGGCUCACUUAGCUAUCCACGGUUUAAUUUUGAUUUAAAGCUUGCAGUAAUUCAUAUUCUUAGCUCUUUCGGUAAAGUCACGUUGAA